CGGGGAGCAGGUCGGAAAGAGCUGUGAUUGAGUGUGAUGUCUCGCUGAAUGGCCGGUCUUCAACACAGGAGAGGAUAAUGCAGUUAUUGUUGUCUGCUAGUUGUUGUGUCCACCUGCCACAAAACCUGGAGAAUUGUACCGUACCGUAGCCCGUGAGCCCAACCCACAGCUCCGCGGGCCACACAGGCGUAUAGGAGAAGCCGUUCAGAAAGAGCUGUUGAUUGAGUGUGGUUAUCUCGCUGCGGGGCCGGUCUUCAACACAGGCCUAUGGCAUUGUUUGGAAAGCCAUUGACAGAAGGACGGGGGAGGUGGUUGCCUUGAAGAAGAUUUUCGACGCCUUCAGGAAUCAGACAGAUGCUCAGAGAACAUUCAGGGAGAUCAUGUUCCUCCAGGAAUUUGGUGAUCAUAAGAACAUCAUUAAAUUGUUGAAUGUUAUGAAGGCAGAGAAUGACAAGGACAUCUAUCUAGUGUUUGAAUACAUGGAUACAGACCUCCACGCAGUAAUAAAGAAUGGCAAUAUAUUGAAAGACGUCCACCAGAGAUAUGUCAUGUACCAACUAAUCAACGCCACAAUGUAUCUGCAUUCUGGUAACGUCAUCCACAGAGACCAUAAGCCUUCCAACAUUCUUCUAGACAGUGAGUGUUUUGUCAAAGUAGCCGACUUUGGUCUGGCAAGAUCGAUAACCCAACUAGAGUCAAAACCAAAUGAGACAGACCCGGCACUAACAGAGUAUGUUGCCACCCGGUGGUAUCGAGCGCCAGAGAUACUGCUGGCUUCUAAAAGAUACACAAAGGGUGUUGACAUGUGGAGUGUAGGCUGUAUCCUUGGGGAGCUGCUGAAGGGUAAACCACUCUUCCCCGGUACAUCAACCCUGAAUCAAGUAGAGAGGAUAAUGAACAUUAUUGACCCUCCGACAAAGGCUGAUAAGGACGCCAUCGAUUCUAACUAUGUCUCGUCUAUUCUAGAUAAAGCAUCAGUCAGACAUAGGCAGUCCUUUGAAGACGUCCUUCCAAAUGCCCCUGCCGAUGGGAUUGAUCUUCUUAGGAGACUACUUCACUUCAAUCCAGAGAAACGCCUGACUGCCGAGCAAGCAUUAAAACACCCCUAUGUAUUAAGGUUUCAGAAUCUGAAAGAAGAGAAAGUCCUAGACUAUGAUGUUGUACCUCCCUUGGACGAUGACGUCCAGUUAUCCGUUGGAGAAUACAGAAGGAAGCUUUAUGAGAUGAUAAAAGAGAAGAAAGCUCGACACAGAGCACGUCUACGAGACGAGACCAAACCCAGAGAGACCCCACCACCAGCAGAGCCAGCUCCCGUUGCCGCUUUACCACCAUCGCAGAACAAUCACGUAGCUGGCAAGGUGAAGCCGGUAGUUGGUGCAGGUGGAGCUGCCCCUCAGUCAGUGUACGCAGGGAGUCGGUCAACUAGACCGCCCCUUGCCCAAGGUAGCCGAUCGGCCACCCUACCCAACAAGAGGCCACUGGUCAUGGCAAAUGGUCAUACAUACCAAACAGGGGUAGCCUUUGGGAGGACAGGCAAAGAUCAACCACAGGUGGGCAGUCCAGCAAGGACAUCAUCCCAGGCUAAAGAAAGGCUCCUAACAAGACAGAGAAGUCUAGAAAACAUCAAUGCUGGUGUGGUAACCAGUGACAACCCAGCGCAUCAUUCCCCGAAUCACAGUUCCCGUCACUCUGCGGGGCACAAUCGCACAAGAUCGUUCUCAGCGGGUCUGCGUAAUGCGCAGAUCACGAGGGACGUCGACAGGGGUGGUUUAGGACUCACAGUCACAAGCUCAAGAGUUGUUCCUGGUCGGAGACCCGUCUCGGCAAAAGAAGACAAACCCAAACCAUCUUACGGCCGGAAGCAAUACGGCGUCAAGAACGCUCCUUCCGCUGGCGUCCCGAAGUCUGCGUUAGGUAGCUACUCCCAAGCCCACGGAACUAUCACAGCCAGCGGAUUAGCAAAGAUCAAAACAAUGAAAUGGUGAAAAGAGAAAACGAGAAAAACGUGAAAAUAUUAAAAAAGAAAGAGGUAAGGCCGAUGUUGAGGGUCCCCUUCCUUAUUAUAAGCCGUACCGCUUCUGUUGAUAUUCCAAUGUUGCGUCGUCCAAAUGCAAGUUGGCCCUAUUCUUUGCUGAUUUACAUUCCAUAAAUGACAUUUGCAAAAUAUUGGUGUGGCAUUGCCUUGCAGCUGCUAUGGGGUAAUUUCAUUCCCAGUUUUUGAAAAAUGUAAUCAAGAGUACAGACAUAAAGUGAGCCAGAACCUUUAUUUAUAAUACAAACCUAAAGGCUAUUUUUCUGCUUUCAUCUUGUUUUAACAGCUCUUUUUUAGCUUUGUGUAAUUUUUCCGUUUGACUUUGAAGAUUUCCGCUUAAUGUGCCUUAGUACUUUAAUUUAACUACUAUUUAUUUUUGAUUUUUUUUUCUAAAGCAGAAUUAAUGGAUUGGUUGAUCAUGUUUUUUGUAUAAGUAAUUACCCACCGUAAGUGUCCCCCCCCCCCCUCGCAAACAAAGGGUUCCUUGAGGUUUUUGUUAGUUGGCUCGAACCAGUUGCUGUGGGAAAAAAUGUCAAAAUGACAAAUCUCAAAAAUGUAUCUUGCCACUCAAAAUCAAAGAAAUCACUUAUUUGAUUCCCCACCGUGCAAACCCUUGCAACAACAUCAACAGCAGAUAUAGUCUGUACAUUCAUCUACAAAGUACACAGUCAACCCUCCUACUGUAUGACCAUUCAGGAAAUUGUCAAGCAAUAAUUUUCUGCUUAAAGCAUCUUUAAGAAAUUUGGCCCUAGGUUCAAACAGUGCUCAAAUGUUUUCUGCUAAGCGAAAAAAGCAGGACACCAGUAAUACAGAUUGUAGAUGUGACAUGGUAGUUUGUCUGGUAACCUAAGUUUGUUAAGCAUAAUAUUAUUUGGCUUAGCUACUCAAUGAAAUUUUGCCUUUAUCCUGAUUUUUGCUCAAGUGAAAUCAAUCAGCUUUAUUAUUAUUUUUUUUGUUGAGAAAAUGUAUUCAGAUUUCUAUUCUUUUUUAUUUCAGUGUGUGAUUAAACGACAAAAAUUACUGAUAAUAAUGUAUGAACCUUUUACUAAAUGAUCUGAAAAAUUAUUAUCUCUUUCCUUUAUAUAUCUGAAGUUUUAGCUGUUUUUGUAGAUCUUCAGUUGUGAAUAAUGUCCGGUAUAGUCCUUCUUAUAAUGCAACCAUUUUGUUUUCCUAUCCAUUUGAAUCAGGUUAUGAAACGGAGUCUUGGAGGAGAAAUAGUCUGAACCCCUUGCCUUUUUUAAUAACCAUUAAUAUAUAUUACUUGAUAAACCAUGCAAUAAUGUUGAGAUUGGAGCUAGUCAUGUUAAAGGUACCAGAUCACCUUGACCAAAUGACAUCAUUCCUGGCAUUUGUUUCACUAUAUCAAGAUCUUUGGGUUUUGCAAACCAACUUAAUUUAUUUUGUUUACUAAAGGAGCAAGUAGACCUUUGUCACUCUUUGCAAAUCAUUGCUUGGUUCCUUGUAUACUGGCAAAGACAGUGUAACUUAUUAAUCCAGCAUACUAUUGUCUCCUUCCAACCUUUGUUUUGGAUGCAUUAUGUUUAUUGAGAGGAAAAUUUAAUGGAUGCACCCAGAGACGAGUCUCUUAACCCGAGUCUCUUAACCCUCGGUUCGCUACUUGAUGCCAUCACAGCCAUAAUCUUGGUUGCCAAGUUGGGGGUCAAUAUCACUGUGUCAUAGAAUGUGGUGCGGAGACGCACAUAUCUCUCAGCCAAUGAUAGGGCUUCAUUGAUUUCAUUGAGGGCGCUGUUUGUCAGGUUAUGACAUCAUAUUCUAGCAGUCAAUAGGAGUAUUUAGUUUGAAAGUCUAACAUCGAGUACAGAAAUAGUGUGUAAAUUUGAAUAAUGUACACUACCUCUAUGUAAUAUAUUGCUGGAUUUACUGUGUGUAUAGCUGAAUAUAAUAUUGAUGAUAAUUAAAGUGUAUUAAAAAGAAAACCAGGACAAUUUUCCAAAAAUUUGUUUGUUCAACAAGUUGUAUCCGCUAAGCUAGCUCUAAGUUAAAACUUCUCGAAAUUUGUAUGUGCUGCUUUAUUUAAUUCUGCCAACGACAACUCCACAUGCUGGAACUUUCUCUAACCCUCUCAACAUACUCUCGGUCCACAUUUAUUCCUACAUCAGGGCUUUUUCGUCUUCAGCAAUACUAAAGCUCGGUAUCGAUUAAUAACUUUCACUGUCGCUGUUUAAUAGCGGCUUAUGCUUAAAAAGGGAAUCUUUUCCCGGAACAAUGUCGGGGGCAUAUCAUCGGACGAGAUGAAUAUCAUCUCAAGUUUCUUUAUUUAAAAAAUUCCUGCGUCAGGUUGAAGUUCAUGCGCAGUGGAAUAACGCCGAGCACGCUUUCUACUGAUUCGAUUACUCAAGCCACAAAUUGAAGUUGGAGUCAGUUUUUAUAUUUGAUUUUUAGUCCGGUAAGAUCAGCGGCUAGCUGUCUGGUGUAAUGACAACCCAGUAUGGAGUCUCUUCCAGAGGUCACUUUGUCCAAGGCGACCUCCUGAUUAUGGGACUGACUUUGAUACAUGAUAUCUGGUUGGAGUAUAGGAAUUUAAUGUGCGCGUAAUUAUGAAGGGUUCUUGCCACCGUGUGCGUCCCAUGGUGGGGUAGUGGUACACACAAUAUCUCAUACAAUUGUUUCUUCUGUAUUACAAAAACUUACCAUGUUUCUUAAACUUUAUUUAAAGGCAGUGGA